AUGACCGCUAAACCUGAAAAAUUACUAAAAUAUAUAGAACUCUGUUGGGAGAGAGAAGCCGGUCUGCCCAUGUAUCUAAUUGGGGCAAAUGAAAUGUGCUGAGCUACUGGUACAAUCUUUCGGCUUAGGACUCGCUCCAAUUCACAAAUGGGUGUAAAUUCAUCAGGCAUCUGUUGAAUCACCAAAAUGCCGAUACUGUGGUGCUGAAGUUGAAGAUGAAAUUCAUGUAAUUGAAUUAUGCAAGACUUAUGAAGAAAGUAG